UCUGAAGUUUCAUGUUAUUUUAGGGUGAGGACAGUGUCGUGGGAUGUAUUGUACCAGGAACCACUGUAAAGAGCUACUAUAACGAGGGCACAGAGACAGACGAACUUUCUAAUUCAGCUUUAGGCCUGAGCGCCACAUCAGUAUCGCAGACGAACGGCGUGAUCACGUGCACAUUCACGAGAACGCUGUCAGAAUCAUCAGACGACAAAUACUUUGAUCUAAACAAUGAUUAUAUUCUUAUGCUUGUCGUUGGAGAGGCGGAGGAGGACGAAGGGACGUAUAAAUUAGAGGAACAUGCUAAGAUUCCAUGGAGUAGUGACGGCAAGGUAGAUUUCAAUACUCACAAAAUCUACGACCUUUACAAACUCAACAGUCCUGCGGUGAAGCUACAUGGUAUAAUGAUGGUUCUAGCUUGGAUGUUGCUGGUAGUUAUAGGCAUUGUCACGGCUAGAUACAAUAAAGAUAUGUUACCAGGGGAGAAGUUGUUAGGUACCAAAGUCUGGUUCCAGGUUCAUCGUGGAGCAAUGGUGCUAGCUGUGUUGUUUGUAGUAAUAGGUUUCAUACCUAUUUUUGUUGAAGUCCAAGGCUACAGUCAGAUCAUAGAAUCCGGUUCGGCCCAUCCUGUUUUAGGAAUUCUGGUGACGGUCUUGUGUUUCCUAAAUCCCAUUAUGGCUCUGUUUCGACCUGAUGGUGACCACAAAUUCAGGUGGAUCUUCAACUGGGCACAUUUGGGUGUCGGUGUCAUUGCACAGGUGUUAGCCGUUGUGACUGUUUUCCUUGGAUACGUACUGGAACGUUCUAUGAUGCCAAACGAAGCUCUCUAUGUGACCAUUACACACCUGAUUGUCAUCGCUAUCAUCUGUGUAGUCCUCGAGAUCACCAAAUGGAAAUCUUAUAUGAAGCAAAAAAAGCAAAUAGAAAACAAAAAUGGAGUACUUCCUGAAGAUAUCGAGAUGAAAGAGGUCAAGGACGUGUCAGAACCUCCAAAACCCUCUGUCCUUCCGUUUGCCUUGAUGUUGCUCCUCGGUGGAUUCUUGUUUGGUUCCGCGAUGGCGAUCCUAGUGAUUAUAGCUGAUAGCUAAAUCUGGGAACCAGUAACUACCGGUUUCUGUAGUUCCAUAUUUCCCAACAUACGCUAGGAACCAGAAAUAUUUUCACCCGUUUGUUCUGUGUGCUAAUAAUCAUCGAAUUGUAUGUUUCAUAAAACACAACAACGUUUUUUUAUGAAUUAAAAAACUCAGACUUUACAUGAAUAUAAAACUGCAAGCUAGUUGUUUUGUGUGCCAUAGAAUUUUACUUUUCAUACUGAUUUGAUUACAACUAUAAAUUAGAUGAAUUCUUACCAAAGACUAUCCGUUAGUUUGAAUGAAACAGUGGAAAAAAGAACCUUUUAAAUAAUAGGUGCUUGAAUUACUUGUACAUUGUGUGUUUAAUCAUGUUUUUCAAACUAUUUUGUUAAUUUCAUUUGUUAGACUAUUAACGCUUAUAACCAUUCACCUGCCGGAACAUAAUGUUUUAUAGCCUUUACCGCCAGUUUGAACCCAGACCAUCCGGUACAUCUCCUACGCAGUCAAUCUCCUACGCAGUGAUCUCCCCUAUCAGCACAAUCUGCUAAGGGAGGUAAUCACUGUGAGGAAUUUGUCACGCUCUAAACUGUGGGUUGCUUAAAUUUUUGUAUUUUGAUACAAGAACCGCUUGAAUUUUGAAUGGGCGGUUCUGCUUUUAAGUCAGAGCAAGUCCAUUACACAAAUGCAGAAGGUUUAGAACUAAAAGGCCAAUUAUGCCUCAGAUAUGCCACUGUUUUUAUUUCUAAAAAAACUUUAUUUUUUAUAUUUCUUUACAGUUUCCAAAACAUUACUCAUUUGUCAUAUAGAUGAAAUAAAUUUGCUUUGUUGUUUUAUAUAUAUGAGAAGUUGGUAUAAUUAUAGUGAAUAAACGUUUGUGGAUUUCUGAGACAUAAUGUGCCUUAAAUAAAAGUUAAUAUUUGUGAGUAAUUGCAUGAAUAAUACAAAUAUAGUAUAUUCUGCUUUGUUCUAAGCGAUGCUCAAGUGUUAAAAUACGCAAUUUGAAUGUGAUACAUUUACAUAUAAGUUCUGUCUUUGUUUAUCUUUUU